CGUGAGCGCUCGUGUUAAUAAUAGUUCAGAAUGCGUAAUAAAUAUCGUGUAUAAUACGUUAUGAAUGCUUUUAUAACAUGAUCUGGACGUGUUCAUAGUUCAUAUGAGCGCUUAUAGCCAUCUCGUACGAGGUGUUAACAGAUAAAACGUCUAAACGAUGCUGCUCAUUAACCACAGCGGUGUGUGUGUGUGUGUGUGUGUGAGACUUCCUCCACCCUCCAUGCUCUUAUUAUAAAUAGGAGUGAUUUUUUAGGAGCGACUUUAUCCACACUCCUCUCUCUCUCUCCAACACACUGAGGAGCUCCCGGCAGAGAUAUGAAGAGUGUGAAGAUGUUCGCAGCUUAUGCGCUGGUGUUCCUCUUGCUGUCCUCACUUGUCUCUCAGGCAUGCAGUGCUCCGAAGGGCAGAUUCCAGCGGCGUAACUGGACUCCUCAGGCCAUGCUGUACCUCAAAGGCACACAAGGACGGCGCUUCGUGUCGGUGGACAGAAACGAGGGUGACGUCUUCGACACGCUCCACUUAGAAACGCAGAAUGAAAACACGGAGAAUCUGAGUGUCUCCAAGGCGGCCACCGUCCUCCUCAACUUCCUCCAGCAAGCCAAAGACGAAGGAAUGGAUAACGGAUUAUUCUUGCAAGACGCCCCGGUUUGGAAAAGAGACUACUUCUGAGAAAGGUCCUGCGUUAUAUAAACUGAACUGUACAGUUUUAUUCAUUUCUGUUCUCGCUGUAUUUCCGUCUUGUUUAAGGUAAACUCGUAUGUAAUGGAUAUUUCAUGUACGACGCACAGAUUUUGAACUUCCUGUGUGUUUGUGGUGUUUAAUAAAACUGGAUUCGCAUCCACAGCA